AUGCAGUGGUCCUAUUACAAGAGCAGAUGCGCUUAUGUCAACCUGGCGACCUUCAGCGCUUUCAUGUCCGAACUAGUGGUGAUGGCUUCGGACGUUACGCUUCCAAUAGACGGUCUCACCAUGAACGCGAGAUCCAUCAAACCGGGGAAGGAAAAACCGAAGCUGUACGUACACUCCGAGGAAACGAAAACUGGACAAGUAGUGGACUACGACAAGAAGCCGUCAAUGGAGCCGAUGAAGAAGACCUGCACGUACUGUGCCUGUGCGAAUCAUGAAAUCGUGAACUGCGUACAGUUCAAGGGACUCGAUCUGGAUGGGAGAUGGAAGGCGAUCAAACAAAAGAAUUUGUGCAGAAACUGUCUCAUACCACAUCGGAAGUGGCCCUGCCGUUCCAACAAGGAGUGCGGCGUCGAUGGAUGCAGAGUUCAUCAUCACAAGCUACUGCAUUCAACUAGGAAUCCCUCGCAAAACAGAGUGGAAGCAGGAAGCUCGUCGCGGUCUACGAAUAACGAUGUGCACCAAAAUCUCCACUCUUCGGUUGCAUACUCUUUGUUCCGAUAUUUACCCGUGACUAUCCAUGGUAACGGUCAGCAAAUCAACACCUAUGCUUUUCUGGAUGAUGGUUCGUCGUCUACCCUCCUUGAAUCCAGUAUUGCAUCGGCGCUGGGUAUCACGGGGCCAACCGACAACUUUUGUUUGAGUUGGACCGGAAAAAUUUCGAGGGAGGAGAAAGGGUCUCAACGUGUGACCGUGGUUAUUUCUGGCGUUAGAGAGAAGUUCAAACUCAGCAACGUUCGGACAGUGCAAGAGCUUCAACUUCCAAGUCAAACAAUGCAGUAUGAAGAGUUGCAGCAGACCUACCCGCACCUGAAGGGUCUGCCAGUUCGCAGUUAUACGGAAGCUACGCCGGGGAUCAUUAUCGGACUAGAACACGUUCGACUUCUAACUUCGUUGCGAGUACGAGAAGGUAAAGACAACGAACCUGUGGCGACGAAGACGCGCCUCGGAUGGUGCAUUUUCGGAAAGAACUCCGGCAAUGAUUCCGUGCUGGAACAAUUGAAUCUGCACCUUGAUGGUGAUCCCGAUAAUCGAGAACUACAUCUGUGGAUGAAGCAAUUCUUCGCAGUCGAAGAGUCCAGCGUCACCAUAAAACCGGAAGCUGAAGAAGAUAAGCGAGCGCGGAAGAUAAUGGAAGCUACGACCCGAAGGGUGAAUGGCGUUUUCGAGACGGGACUUUUAUGGAAGUACGAUCACAUCUGCUUCCCUGAUAGCUACCCAAUGGCGCUACGUCGGCUGAACGCACUGGACAAGCGAUUGCGAAAGGACCCAAUCCUCGAAGCGAAGGUGAGGGAGCAGAUUGCAGAGUAUGAAGCGAAAGGGUAUGCACAUCGUAUCACGGCAGACGAGCUGCAGUCUACGGAUCCCAGCAAGGUCUGGUAUCUACCUCUGGGUAUUGUGCAGAACCCGAAGAAACCGGCCAAGUUACGGCUGAUCUGGGAUGCCAAGGCUCGAGCUGGAGGAGUGUCUUUCAACGAUAUGUUGAUGAAGGGUCCGGAUCUUUUGGUGGCGCUGGUAGCAGUACUGUUGCGUUUCAGGCAGAGGGACAUUGCUAUCGUCGGUGACAUAAAGGAGAUGUUUCACCAGCUUCGCAUCCGGGACGAAGACAAACAAUCACAGCGUUUCCUUUUCUGCCUUGAACCAGGAUCGAAUCCACAGAUCUACAUAAUGGAUGUCGCCACUUUCGGUGCGACCUGCUCGCCUAGUCUGGCACAGUUCGUGAAGAACGUGAACGCGAAGGAAUUUGCCGAGACAUUUCCCAGGGCGGUGAAUGCAAUAAUUCAUAACCACUACGUUGACGAUUUCUUGGAUAGUGUAGACACGGAAGAGGAAGCUGUGGCGUUGAUCAACGAGGUGAAAUACAUCCACUCUCAAGCAGGGUUUGAAAUCCGAAACUUCUGCUCCAAUUCGGCCGAAGUACUGGCAAGCAUCGGGGAAUGCAGAACACCACAGGAAGUAUCCAUGAACUUGGAGAAAUCGACAGACUCGGAGCGUAUACUGGGUCUGGUGUGGAGGCCAAAAGAGGACGUCUUCACCUUCGAUAUGAGCAGUCUCAAGGAAGAGAUCAAAACGUUGAUUAGCGGCUCAACGGUCCCAACCAAACGGCAGGUUCUGCGCACUGUCAUGUCGUUAUUUGAUCCGCUGGGACUGGUUUCGCAUUUCGUCGUGCACGGAAAAAUCUUAAUGCAGCAGAUCUGGAGAUCCGGUACCGAUUGGGACGAACCUAUUCCGGAGGAAUUGCAGGAUAAGUGGCGGUGUUGGUGUGAGUACAUGCAGCGCUUGGAAGAGGUGGCAGUACCGCGAUGCUUCUUCAAAGGAGUGAACAGCUCCGCUCUCGAGAACGUCGAGGCACAUCUAUUCGUAGAUGCGAGCGAAGUGGCUUGCGCAGCAGUUUUGUAUCUUCGCUUCGUGGACAACGGUUCUCCUCGAUGCGCGCUGGUGGCGGCUAAAACAAAAGUUGCUCCGCUGAAACCCCUUUCCGUGCCACGUCUGGAGCUACAAGCGGCGAUGAUUGGAACAAGACUUCUCGACUCAGUGUUGACUUCGCUGGAUAUCCAGGUUAACAAGCGCUUCCUUUGGUCGGAUUCAUCAACUGUCCUGUGUUGGUUACGAUCCGAUAGUCGACGGUAUCACCAAUUUGUGGCCUUUCGAGUGGGAGAGAUUCUUACAUCUACUAGCGCGGAUGAGUGGCACCACGUGCCUUCCAAACUGAACAUUGCUGACGCGGCCACGAAAUGGAAAGACGGACCCGGCUUCGAUCCGAAGAACCCUUGGUAUAGUGCACCGGAGUUUCUGUAUAAGCCAAAGGAGCAGUGGCCAAAGGAACCAUCUCAGAAGGAGAAGGAAACGGACAUCGAGUUGCGAACUGAAUUCUUGUUCCAUGGAACCACGCCUCAACCGUUGAUCGACGUAUCCAGAUUCUCGAACUGGAAUCGACUCCUGAGGACAACAGCCUACGUUCUACGUGCAGUGCGCAGAUUGAGAGGAGACAAGGGGUCCAAACCGGAUCUCUUGACUCAGAAGGAGCUGCGUGAUGCAGAAAACUUGCUUUGGCGGCAGGUUCAAUCGGAAAUGUAUCCUGACGAGUACGCAAUUUUGCGACGUAACCAGACGAAUCCCAGCAAUCCAGUGUCAAUUCCGAAGUCCAGUCAGCUAUACCGGCUGUCACCGUUCGUAGAUGAGAGCGGCGUCAUUCGGAUGAAUAGUAGGCUCACCGCGGCGCGAGCCGUCUCGACAGAUAUGAAGUACCCGAUCCUGUUACCGAAGAAGCACGCUGCGGUCCAUCUUCUGGUGGAGGACUAUCAUCGGCGAUUCCUGCACGGCAACGGAGAGACUGUUCACAACGAGAUGCGUCAACGGUUCUACAUACCAGGAUUGCGAAACGUGAUACGUCAGGUGUCGAAGCAAUGUGUGACUUGUCGUGUUAGGAAGGCUGUUCCACAACCACCCAUGAUGGCGCCCCUACCCGAGGUGAGAGUCACGGGACUAGUUCGUCCAUUUACGCAUACCGGAGUGGACUAUUUCGGACCGAUACAGGUCAAGCAAGGACGCAGUUUGGUGAAGAGGUGGGUGGCACUAUUCACGUGCCUCACGGUUCGUGCCAUACACGUGGAGUUGGUGCAUAGUCUGUCAACUCAGUCCUGCAUCAUGGCGAUAAGGCGAUUCGUGGCUCGUCGAGGUUCCCCGGAGUCCUUCCACAGUGACAACGGAACAAACUUCCUGGGGGCCAGCAACAUGUUGACCAAGGAGAUCCAGGAUAUCAACGAAGACUGCGCGGUGACGUUUACAAAUUCUACGACCAGCUGGGAGUUCAACCCACCAUCGGCGCCCCAUAUGGGCGGAUCGUGGGAGCGCAUGGUGCGCUCAAUGAAGGUAGCGAUGUCAGCAAUUGCAGAUCAUCCUCAUCACCCUAGCGACGAAGUACUACAGACGGUAGCCAUAGAAGCGGAGGCGAUCGUAAAUUCCAGGCCGCUCACCUACAUUCCGCUGGAGUCUACGGAACAAGAGGCUCUAACGCCGAAUCAUUUCUUGCUGUUCGGUACCAAGGGAGUCGUUCAACCAGCAACUUCGGUGAACUCAGUCGGGAGCAGCUUGAGGGACAGUUGGCGCCUUGCACAGUACCUGGUGGACCAGUUCUGGUGUCGAUGGAUACGCGAGUACUUGCCCACUAUUACGAGACGCACCAAGUGGUUCGAACCAGUCAAGCCUCUAGAACCAGGGGAUCUCGUUCUGGUCGUCGACGAAGGCAAGCGGAGCGGUUGGUUAAGAGGACGAAUCAUGGACGUGACCAAAGCAGCGGAUGGACAAGUUCGGCGAGCAGUCGUACAAACCAAAAAUGGACUGUUGACCCGACCUGCAGUGAAGUUAGCCCUCCUGGACCUUCAGAAAUCUGGACGGUCCGGAACUACACGGGCGGGGGGAUGUUACGAUACCACAGGGCAGGCUCAUUGGUAG